GCGGGGGGCGUGGCCGGGUGGCAGGAGAUCGAGGCCGAAGACACGUACGGCCCAGAGCGCGGCGGUGACGGAGACGACAGCUGGUGCAGUUCCCCGAAGUGAAGGGUGCAUCCCACCCACCUGCCAACGCCAUGGACGUGUUCAACCGGAACAUUGACUUCAACGCGCUCUUCAAGUUUUCCCACAUCUCUGCCUCCACCCAGCAGCACCUGAAGAGGGUCUAUGCCAGCUUUGCUCUCUGCAUGUUUGUGGCAGCGACCGGAGCCUACAUCAAUGUGGUGACCCAUCUGCUCCGGUUCAGCCUGCUCUCCGGCCUGGGCUCCCUGGCACUGCUGAUCUGGCUGAUGGCCACGCCCCACAGCAGGGAGACGGAGCAGAAGAGGCUGGGGAUUCUGGCUGGCUUUGCCUUCCUGACCGGAGCCAACCUAUGUCCUCUCCUGGAAAUGUGCAUCGCCAUCAACCCCAGCAUCAUCCCCACCGCCUUUCUGGGCACCGCUGUGAUCUUCAGCUGCUUCUCACUGAGCGCCCCCGAAUCCCGACGCCGCAGCUUCCUCUCGCUCGCAGGCUUCCUGCUCUCUGGCCUCUUCCUGAUGCUGCUCUUCUCCUUGAUCAACGUCUUCGUGGGGUCCACUUGGCUGUUCACAGCUAACCUGUACCUCGGGCUGAUGGUCAUGUGUGGGUUCGUCCUCUUCGACACGCAGCUCAUCAUUGAGAAGGCGGAGAGCGGGGACAAGGAUUACAUCUGGUGA